UAUCUUUGAUCAGUAGAACAAAGAAUUUUGUUAAAAAUAUAUAUAAUAAUAAAUUUUUUUAUUUUCACAUUGUAAAUUUUAUCUGAAGAAUAAAUUUGGUAGCUAUAUUGAUAUUCAUUUAAUUUAAUACAAAAAUGAGAAAUUUAACAGCGGUGUAAUUUUUGCGUAUACAGAUUGCCGACAGAGAAAAUAUUUGAAAUAAUUUGCUAUGGCGUCAAGAAUAAAUAAAUAUUGAAUGAGUCAGAGUUCAUUUUCUCAAUUUUUUUUAAAGUAUUGCAUUUAAUUUAUAUUUUUAUUGAAAGAAGGAAAAGUUUUUUCUUAGUUUUUAAACAACUAAUGUAGAAAUUUUUAUAAAAAAAAAAUUACUAUUUAGAAAAAAAAUUUGCAAAGUAAAAAUUUUUUUGCAAUUACCUAGCCGUAAACUUUGAAUGUUGACAGAUAAAAUUUUGAUGGACUUGUGUUUGUACAACUUAUAAGUGAAAAAAUAAUUUCUGCCCUUUAAAUAUUUAAGAGAAAAAUUUCAUUUAAAAUUUAAGGUGUAAAUAAAAACUUACUAAAAGAAAAGUAAAAUGACUGAAUAUAAACUUGUCGUUGUUGGUGCUGGAGGUGUUGGAAAAUCUGCUUUAACUAUUCAAUUAAUACAAAAUCAUUUCGUUGAUGAAUAUGAUCCGACAAUUGAAGAUUCUUAUAGAAAACAAGUUGUCAUAGAUGGAGAGACUUGUCUUUUAGACAUAUUAGAUACCGCUGGUCAAGAAGAGUAUUCUGCAAUGAGGGAUCAAUAUAUGAGAACAGGAGAAGGAUUUUUACUAGUGUUUGCUGUAAAUAGUGCCAAAAGCUUUGAAGAUAUAGGAACGUAUCGAGAACAAAUUAAAAGAGUAAAAGAUGCAGAAGAAGUUCCGAUGGUACUUGUAGGAAACAAAUGUGACUUACAAGCAUGGGCGGUUGAUAUGAAUCAAGCAAGAGAGAUCGCAAAGCAAUAUGGUAUACCAUUUGUCGAAACUUCAGCUAAAACUAGAAUGGGUGUUGAUGAUGCUUUUUAUACACUUGUAAGAGAAAUAAGAAAAGAUAAAGAUUCCCGAGGGAAGAAAAAUCGAAAACAUAACAAGUUACCACAUCGUAGAUUUAAAUGUGAAAUUCUUUAAAUAUUUUUAACAUAAAUAAUGAGAGUAACAAAACAAAAAUUUUGCAAAAAUAAACAAAAAAAGUUAAUAAAUUACAUGUAAGAAUGGAACUUGUAGAAAUUUUGAAGUGCUGGCAAACGCAAGAUAAGAUAUUCAAAGUAAAUAGAAACUAUAUUAUUAUAAAUUUAUUAAGACGGCGAUAUAUAUAUAUAGUAAAAAAUCAAAACCGUAAAUUAUAAGAAGUGAAAAUAAAACAAAGAUAUUUUUGAAUAUAAGAGAAAAAUUUAUUUCUUCAAUUAUUAACAAACCCGCCGCAUACUUUCCGUUUUUUAAUUUUUUUUUCUAAUUUUCCACUCCAAAUUUAAUCUUAAAAGAAGUUGAGAAAUUUGAACAGAUUUUAUUUCGUUUCAAUUAAUUGCAUUUUAAGUUUUAAGUUAAAAAAAAACGAGAUUUUGUACCAAAUUGUUUUUAGUGUAAAAAUUUUAGAUUUUUUCGAUUUUUUUUAAAUAUUUUGAUCAUAUUUUAUAACAUAUAUAUAUAUAUAUAUAUAUAUAUAUAAAUAUAUAUAUUUUUUGUUUUAUUGUAACUGUUAAAGUAUGACCACACAUUCAAUGUUAAGUUUUUCGUUUGUAUGCAAAAUAAUAAAAAAUGAAAAAUUUUCAUUAUGUAAAUUUAAGAGAUAAAAUUAUUAAAUUUAUAUAAAUUAAAAAAAAAUACAAAACUACUUUAAUACUUAAUUGCCAUAAUAAUAGAUGUUUUUUUUUCUUACACAGCACUUAAGUAUUGAGAUAGUAACUUUAUUGAUUGAUACAUUAACUUAGAUUUUUCAAAUUAUAACUCUCUUUUUAAAACAUAUAUACAUAUACAUAUAAAUAUAUAUAUAUAAUAUAUAUUUAUAUAUAAUUUAUAUAUGUAUAUAAGAGGAUUUGCGCAUAAAUAUUUAAAUAGUAAAUUACGAUAAUUAUAUUUUCAUCAAUAUUUUGUCAAAAGUAAUUAACAUAAAUUUGAAAUAUGUAGUUGAAUAAAAAAAGAAAAAAACAAGCAUAUUAUUUUAGUUUUAGUAUUCUAUCACAAAUUAAGUAACAAUAAUUACAACAUAAUCGAAAACGAACGCAUAAUU